GUGUGACAACAAUGGUAAAGUCAAAAAGGAGAACGUAUUGCAAGAUACCUUGGGAGAGAGUUUCUAACCUUGGCUGUUCAGAAAUUAGACUCUGGUGGCAGGAAAGGUUACCCAUAUUAGAAUGGGGUCCAAAAUACAACCUGCAUGAUAAUCUGCUGGCUGAUACUGUAGCAGGGAUGAUGUUGGCUGUUCAUCAAGUGGUACAAGGUCUGGCCUUUGCUAUUAUGUCAUCGGUUCAUCCAGUGUUUGGAUUAUAUGGCUCUCUGUUUCCUCCGUUAAUAUAUGCCAUAUUUGGAAUGGGUCGUCAUGUAUCUACAGGAACUUUUGCUAUCACAUCUUUGAUAUCCGCUGGCGCAGUUGAACGACUUGUUUCUCCGACCAAUGUCACAAUGCUUAACAGUUCCCUCUGUCCUCUGGGUUUAUCUGAUUUUGAAAUGCAAAGAAUAGGAGUUGCUGCAGCUGUUACAUUUUUAGGAGGAAUUAUUCAAUUAUCCCUGGGUUUGUUGCAUUUGGGUAGUGCAACAUUACUCUUGUCAGAACCUGUUGUUAGCUCCAUGACAACAGGAGCUGCUACACAUGUGGUGACAUCUCAAGUGAAGUAUCUAUUAGGAAUGAAGAUGCCUUACAUAUCAGGGCCACUUGGAAUGUUCUACAUUUAUCACUACAUAAUCAAGAAUAUCAAUAUGGUUCAGUUGGAGGUCCUGCUUUCCUCCAUAUGUUGUCUUGCAGUGCUCAUUGUGGUAAAAGACCUUAAUGAACGAUUUAAAAAUAAAAUAAAGUUUGUCAUUCCGAUUGAUUUAAUAUUGAUAAUUACCUCAUCUCUAGCAUGUUGUUAUGCUGAUAUGGAGUCGGCUUAUGAUAUUCCUGUUGUGGGAUAUAUUCCAAAAGGAAUACCACCUCCUUGGGUCCCCUCAAUCAACAUUCUGUCAGAUGUUGUUACUGAAGCAUUUGGAGUAGCCUUGGUUGGAUACACAGUCUCAAUAUUUAUAGCUUAUAAUUCUGCAAAAAAGUUCAAGUAUUUUGUUGAUGAAAAUCAGGAACUUUUUGCACAUGGACUCACUAACGUUAUUUCAUCAUUUUUGCUUUGCAUACCAAACGCAGGAGCUCCAGCGCGUUUAUUUGUUUUGUAUAAUAAUGGAGCAAAAACACAGGUAGCCUGCUUAAUAUCAUGCAUUCUGAUACUUCUAGUGAUUUACUUUAUUGCUCCACUACUAUACUGGCUUCCAAUGUGUGUUCUGGCAAGUAUCAUUCUUGUUUCAUUAAAAGGAAUGCUCUUACAAUUUAGAGACCUGAAGAAGUAUUGGAAUAUGGAUAAAAUAGAUUGUGUAAUAUGGGUCUGCACAUACCUGGUCACCAUAUGCUUUGCAGCAAAUAUAGGAUUAUUUUUUGGAGUUGUUUUGAGUUUGGCUUUGGGACUAUUCAGAUUAACAAGGUAA